AUGACAAAGGAGAGAAUGGUCAGGGAAAAAGGAACAUUACCAAAGUACUUGAUUGGCAAGAAGAUCCAAAAACACCUAGGUCCCUUUGAAGUCAAAGAGAAGAUUUCCAGCCACGCCUACCGCUUGAAACUUCCAGACUCCCUGAAAAUUCACAACAUCUUCUAUGUAGGAUUGCUAUCCAAAAGCCACAAAUCACCAAGUCAACCCUUCCUGGAACAACCCCCUCCUGAGACAAUAGAAGGAGAAGAGAAUACAAGACCAUUCCUGGGAACCAGAAGAACUGUUGGAACACAGCCAAGACAAGAUAAAGCGCGAGAAGAAGAAUACAAGUUUUACCUGAUAAAAUGGAAAGGAUAUGGCCCUGAAGACAAUUCCUGGGAACCAGAAGAACUGUUGGAACACAGCCAAGACAAGAUAAAGCGCUUCAACCAGGCUAGACUCAGAAAGGCUUGUGACUUGGCCAAGAGCCUUUAA